UCUCGUUUAUGCUCUUCCUAAACGAGAAAUCUCGAGAGUAACCGAAGCUGGUAAUUUAGCAUUCAUCAUGGCGGGCCAAACGUCGUUAGUAAAGUUUAACGACAUAUAUGAAUUAAAAGAAGAAUUAGGGAAAGGAGCAUUUUCAAUCGUGAGACGAUGUGUACAGAAAGCUUCAGGAUUAGAAUUCGCUGCGAAAAUUAUAAAUACCAAGAAAUUAUCAGCAAGAGACCACCAGAAAUUAGAAAGAGAAGCUAGGAUAUGUAGGUUGUUGAAACAUUCAAAUAUUGUUCGUUUACAUGAUAAUAUACAAGAUGACGGUUUUCACUAUCUAGUAUUUGACCUAGUUACAGGUGGUGAAUUGUUUGAAGAUAUAGUUGCUAGGGAAUUUUACAGUGAAGCAGAUGCUAGUCACUGUAUACAACAAAUUCUAGAAGGGGUAAACCACUGUCAUCAAUACGUUGUUAUUCAUCGAGAUUUAAAGCCAGAAAAUUUGCUGUUGGCUAGUAAGGCUAAGGGUGCUGCUGUCAAACUUGCUGACUUUGGAUUAGCUAUUGAAGUACAAGGGGAUCAACAGGCAUGGUUUGGCUUUGCUGGCACACCAGGGUAUUUAUCGCCAGAAGUUUUACGAAAGGACCCUUAUGGAAAACCUGUAGAUAUUUGGGCAUGUGGGGUUAUAUUGUACAUUCUGCUGGUCGGGUAUCCACCCUUUUGGGAUGAAGAUCAACAUAGGCUUUAUGCUCAGAUUAAAUCAGGAGCAUAUGAUUAUCCCUCUCCAGAAUGGGACACAGUCACUCCUGAGGCCAAAAACCUUAUCAACAGUAUGCUCACAGUCAAUCCUGCAAAACGUAUCAAUGCAUCAGAAGCACUAAAACACCCCUGGAUAUGUCAGCGUGAAAGAGUUGCCUCUGUAGUACACCGCCAAGAAACUGUUGAUUGUUUAAAGAAAUUUAAUGCAAGAAGAAAACUAAAGGGUGCCAUCUUAACCACAAUGCUGGCAACAAGAAAUUUUUCAAGUCAUGGUGGUGCUCAGCAAACUGGUAAUGGAGCACAACAAGCAGGUCGUAGUCUGAAUGUUAAGAAAAAUGAUGCUAUAAAAGAAUCAACAGACAGUAGUACAAUAGAAGACGAAGAUACUAAAGGCAAACCAGAAAUAGAAUGUCGAAAACAAGAAAUAGUUAAAUUAACAGAACAAUUGUUACAAGCUAUAACUGGUGGUGAUUAUGAUACUUAUACAAAAUUGAUAGAUCCUAAUUUGACCAGCUUUGAACCUGAAGCACUAGGAAAUCUUAUUGUUGGUAUGGACUUCCAUAAAUUCUAUUUUGAUCAUGGAGCUUGUACUGCUGGAGUGGCUCAGUACCUCCCGAAGAGUGACAACACUUUUUCUCGUCAUGCUACGGUGCUGUCUAAAAAUAAUAAGGCUGUGAAUACAAGCAUGGUGAAUCCUCAUGUACAUUUACUUGGUGAUGAUUCUGCAUGUAUUGCAUAUGUUCGACUUACACAAUACAUUGACAGAAAUGGCCUUCCCGUGACAAUGCAAUCUGAAGAAACCAGAGUAUGGCAAAGGAAAGAUAAUAAAUGGCAAAAUGUCCAUUUUCAUCGUUCAGGAAGUGCUUCAACACCACAUUCUAAAUAGAAAUUUAGCCAAUUAUUACUUUUGGGAAUUUUUUUUUAGCUUUAGGCAUUCUGCCUUUUGGCUGUUUACAGCUGACCUCUUCUGCAUGGUUUGUUGUACACACAUUUUUAUUCCAUCUUAUUUUAAGAACAAUUUCAGUGCCAAAAGGCAUCCACAGUCCUGGCUCAGGAUCGAGGUUUUGAUGCAGGAGGGGUACAGACCUCUUAAUAAUUUUAUGAGAAUUAACAGCAAUCAACUUUAUACUUUAAGCUGAUUUGGGGACAGUUGGCAUUAUAUUAUGUGGUAAUGAUAAAUAUUGAAUAAUGACACAGGUUCAGUGAUGGUAGGUAGAUAAAUGCUCAGUGUAUGGGAAAGAUGAAGUAAGGGUUAUAAUGCACUGUUUUAAAUCCUGUAUAAAGGUGCAUGGAAAGAAUUGUACUGGGCACAUGGUAUUUGUGCUACCAUAUUUGAUAAGUGAUUGUCCACAUUUUUUUUGUAUUUUCUGCUAUUCAUACAUGUAGCUGUUGUAUAUUUUCUAUAUUUUGUCCUAUUUGAAAUCCUCUCAUUAAUUCUAAUUAGUCAGUGCAAUAGGCGUAUAUCAACUGAAAAUGGAAAUUGAUAUUUUUCAAAAAAUAGAUAAAUUCGCUGAUAAACCUAGUGCUUUAUAUCAAAUCUAUUUUUUUCUUUUGUUAUAUAUUAUACACAUAUAAUUAAAAGGUGUAUUAACUAAACCACAUUAGUUUAUAUAUAUAGAAAAAUAUAUAUAUAUAUGAACUAGUCAAUCUAUUAAUAACUGUUCCUUGAAAGUAUAUCAAUAUGAUAUACAUGUGUUCUAGAUAUUUUAUAUAUACAAGCUCAUAUAUUGCAGUAUUUGGGCAGCAUUUUGCUAGCAUUACUGUUCAUUCAUUAAAUCAUUCUCAUUUUUAAUGCUACCCGUCACAUAGAAAUAUUGGUAUCUAACAAGGUUUUUUUUCUCUCUUUCUUGAUCUGCAAGAUUUAUGUUUUAUAUUAUUCUAUUUUUCCUUUUAAAAAAAAAAGAAAAGAAAAAAAAAAAUUAUUAAUAUUUUAAUUAGAUUCAUUAUUUUGGCAAUGUACUCUAGUCUAGACAUAAAUUUUAGCUGAAUAUGAUUUAAGAUGCCAAACUUUCAUAUAAUUUAUGCAAUCUUAGCACAAAGAUUAAGGAUUAAUUAGAAAUUUUAGAGAGGAAACUCAAACCAUUAUAAUAAAAUGAAAUAUUCUAUAUACUUAUAACUAAUAUGAUAUUGUUAAUAAAUGGUUGUAUUACUGAUAUACAUUGAAGUAUUCCUUAUAAAUGAAUAUCAACUGCCAUUUAAAACAGAAAUGCCAGUACAAUAUGAAUUGGAGACUGGAGUUGUUAUUUAAAUCAAUUAUGAAUAUAAUCUACUUUUACUAUUUAUUAUGCAUGUAUAUACAUAAUAGAUUAAUAAUUAUUUAAUUAAAAGGAAAUACAAUGUAUAGAAGUGGUAUUUAUUUACCAUUAUUGUUUGUUAUUUUAUUUAGCUUUUCUUCAUAUACAUAAAGAAUUCUCUGGAUAGUUCUGUUCUGUUAAGCUUUAGUGAUUGAUAUGUACUUCUAACCAAAAGAGCAACAAAAUAUCUGACAAUUUUCCCCAUAAAAUCAGCUCCCCAGAUAUAUAUAUUUUGUAGCAGUAUUAUACCAAAGUGAUUGUAAAUAUUGUUACUUUGACUACAAUAUAUAGCAAUAGCACAGAUUUAUAUAAAAAAAAAAAGAAAAUUAGUAAAUUUAAUACAUGUAUCAGCAAAUCUUGUGAUUCAAUAAGGAAGUUGAUUACAUGAGUAUGACAUAAGGUUAGAGGAAAUAUUUGUUUAGAUAUCAUAUGAUAACUGAAAUGGAUUGAAGAGUUGAAGUUAAAGGGUGGGUUGGUUUAUGUGGGGUUUUUUUUAGUCGAUUUUGUCCGCACUUUGCUGUGAUUUAGAGAAAACAGUACACAGUAAUGCUAAAGCCAUCUUUAUAUUAAACCUAAUAGCAUUAGAUUUAGUUCUAUGCCAUAUAAUACCUGACAUACAAGUUUUGUCUGAUAUGGUAAACCAUACAACUAAAUCUAAAGCAGUUUGAUGUUUCACAAAUAUGUCUUUCCUUUGCCACUCUGCAAAACGUAGCAAACUAUGUCCUUAGCAAUCCAUGAAAUGAUUUUAAACCAAGUUGAAUAUGACUGUACUUCAAUUCCAUAUAAUUUAAUAUAAAAUAGUUGUCCUUUGUGAAACCCAGUAAACCCGAUGAUUUAAAUAAGAGCUUAGCUAUUUAUUUGUAUGAACUAUUUACUAUUUUGAGGAUUGUGUAAAGAGUUUGUUUAAUCAUUUCUGUGUUCUUUGCCAGUGUUACUAAAGAAGGGUGUUGAGAAAUUAAAUUGGUUUGAAGUUACCACAUCAUACAUUCCCAUCAUCUUUGUAACUAGACUGUUGGUGAUAUAUGUAAAUGAUAUAUACUAAUUAAAAAGAUAGUUAAUGAUAAAGUAGAAGAGGAGGUCAUCAUGCAAACCAACCUCUCUUAGCAACUUUAGCAUAAUCAGUUUCCUUAUGCAUAAUAUUUCUAUUCAUUUUGAUAAUAAAAACCUUGUGUUUCCUGAAUAUAUAUACUGUACACCCCUUGUGUCUAAAGACAAAAAUUGCAUCAGAAAUUCUUUAUAAUAGUAAUUUUAAUAAACCUUUUUAAAUAAUUAGUUUAACAAAAUAUUCCCAAUUUUAAACCAUGGAGGAUUUAUAAAUAUAAUUUAUAUUUUUAAUGCAAUUUUCCUUUGUGUAGUGUAACAUUUGAUUGUAUCUAUUUUUGUCCAAGACUGGAAAUAUAUUAUAUUUGCUUAAGUUAAUAUAUAUAUAUAUAUAUAUAUAAAUAUAUAUACACUCACACACCCACACAAUGAAAUGUCUUAGUGUUUUGUUUGGAAUUAUUAUCCAUUAUUUUGAUCAAAUAUUUUUUCAGUGUCAAUGUACAUGUUGCCCUUCACAACAGGUUUUAUAAAUUAAUCACUGGUAUUGUUUUAUCUGUGCCUCUUUUUAAGAUUUAUUAAUUCCUUGAUGUGAAAAGGGACUAUAACUAUGAACUACAAGUGCAAGAAGUGUACAGCACUACAGCACUUGUAUAUUGUUUUUUCUGUAGUCUUAUUUAUUUGUCAUAUAAAAACAUUUUACAUUUUUAACUCCUCAUUCUAGAAUACUAUUUUAAAUCAAUUUGUCCAUAUUUAAUUUUUGCCUUUUCAAGAUCAUGUGAAUUUUUUUGUGAUUGUGGUGUUAAAACAUUUCUUCUUGCACAGAAUUAAUAUGUCACCCUUAAAAAUCUGUUGUUGUGAAAUGUUGAUUGUCAAAAUGAUGUCCAACCAAAGUUCUCUUAACAAAAUUAAACCUUGAUCUAAUAAUAAAAGAUGUGUAUAAUUUGAUUUCUUAUUUGAAGAGAGCAUAACAAUUAGACUACUUUCAAGCAAAUGGAUUGGAGCAUCGUUAUGGUAUAUUUUAACAUACACACCUUUGUCUUUUUACAUGUAAUAGAAAUACAUUUGACACUCCAAACUUUCUUCCAGGAAGAAGUAAUGUAGUGCUUUCAAUAUGUUGUCCCUUUUAUCUUUUAAAAUAAAAAAGUGUAUAAAAUUUC